UACAAGUGUUUGUGUUUGCUGGCAUGACUCAAAUUUCAAAAAGUAUCUUGUUUAACCUUCCAGAAUUGUCCAAUUUCAGUAAACAAACACAGAUGACAGUUAAUUAGCCUAGCACUUGGCUGAGACACAAUAUAAAUGCCAAGCGAUAUACAACAAUAUCAUUUUCGAUUUCUGACACAAUGAAAACUGUUCUACUGCUAUUCGUUCUGCUCACUCUCGUAUACUCAAGCACUUCGACCGAGGCAAAGGUCAAUCUCAGCAAAUUGCAAAUUUGCCGGCGCAAAGUUCGAGCCAAUUGCAGACCAAAUGCCAAAAUAUGUGUACGCAUCGCACGUAGCAAUCUGUGUCAACUGAGGAGUUACAGUUGCAAACAAAGGUUGGCCGAUUGCAGGGCAGCAGCCAACAACAAUAAUUCGCUGGCCCCAGCAUUUUAUCAAAGAGUGAACAGAAAACUGUGCUCGAGCAACCGAAUCAAUCAAAGUUUGCCCUGUGCCAACACCAACACCAACAACAACAACUGGAAUACUGCAAUAAUUUAUGCAUGAAAUGUGAGCUGGGGGAAAUUUCAUAUAUGCUUCGCAUUUGCAUGUGUGCGAGAAACGGUAAAGUUGAUUGACUCAUAUCUUGAAUAAUUUAUGCCAUCAAAUAUAACAAAUAUAACAUUCUUGAUACUCUCAAAAAAAAGUUUGCCCUUGCUUAACAUAAAUUUCAUUGUCAACUAUGUUAGGCUAACAUGGCUGCCGGACAUAACAUAGAAAAUGUUCAUUAAAACAUUUCAGCCAAUGUUAUUUAACAGUUUGCAUAGUGAUUUCGAUUGUAAUUAUAAUUAUGAGCUUAUUUAUUAUAUAUUAAUAAUUAAAAAUCUUAAAUAA